AUGCGUUACGCUCAGUUAGUUGUGGGUCCGGCAGGCAGUGGAAAGUCCACAUACUGCUCAACCAUAGUUAAACAUGCUACUGACACAAAACGGAUUGUAGAAGUCGUAAACCUUGAUCCGGCCGCUGAGCAUUUUGACUAUGAGCCUCUAGUUGAUAUCCGGGAACUGAUACAUCUUGAAGAUGCCAUGGAAGACGAGGAGUUGAAGUUUGGACCUAACGGAGGACUCGUGUUCUGCUUGGAAACUCUUUUGGAGAAUCUUGAUUGGCUCGAGGAACAGCUAGGUGAUGUUGAUGAGGAUUACUUACUGUUUGAUUGUCCGGGACAGAUAGAACUGUACACACAUUUAACAGUAAUGAGGAAGUUGGUUGAUACGCUACAGAGAUGGAAUUUCAGGAUAUGUGUUGUCUUCAUGAUUGAUUCACAAUUCAUGGUUGACGGUGCAAAAUUUUUGUCAGGUACAAUGGCCGCCCUCAGUGUUAUGGUAAAUUUAGAGUUACCUCAUGUGAAUAUUUUAACCAAAAUGGAUCUGCUAAGCAAGUCUGCGAGGAAACAACUUGACAGUUAUUUAGACCCGGAUCCUCACAUUUUACUGGCAGACAUGAGGAACGCAAAAUCAAAAUGGCACGAGAAAUAUGCAAAGCUGACAGAAUCUAUUGGUGAGGUGAUAGAAAAUUUCAGUCUAGUGAGGUUCUACCCUCUCAAUAUCAAGAAUGAAGAGAGCAUAGACAACAUUCUCUUGACUAUAGACAAUAUUAUACAGUACGGAGAGGAUGCUGACGUCAAAAUAAGAGACUUUGAUGAACAAGACCCUGAUGAGGUCGACUAA